AUGACGCAUGCCAGUCCUUUCGCCGCUAUCUGCUACAAGGAUGCCGACUACGACUACUGCGUCAAGUUCUUCCAGGCCAACAAGGAGAGCGACACCGCAGACCACCGUGGCCUCGCCGUCAUCGGAACCAAGAUCAUCGAGGCAACCGCUAAGAGCACCGGCUCUCUCAUCGCCACCAUGUUGACCUCGGAGAAGAAUCAAGAGCAACUCAGGUGCCUCGUCGCGUGCGGCAAGGGUUACUUGGACGCCAUGGACGAGAUCGGCAAAGCGGCGAAGGGCAUCGUCUCGAGAACGGAUGGGGGCGUAGAGGACGCGGUGACGGCACUCGGCAAGGCGCUGGACGCGACGAUGGGUUCCAGAAGCUUCACAAGCCGUCGCCACUCGCUGCAGAGGAUGGCAGGUUCCGCAAGGAGACGUCCAUCACCCUGUUUGUAA